CACCACGGUAAUCCAUCCGAGGAACAUUCAAGGAACACUCGCACGCUGUGUGUGAAAGGAGAAAAGGGAACGCACUUUGACCUCCAGCUCAUCUUUCUGCCUUCGUUGUCAACUCCAGUACGCCGAACCCCUACGCGAGUACCACGGCUUCCUGGACCAUCUCAAGAGCCGAGGGUAUGCCAGGGACGAGUUCACAAGAAUCCCCCUUAACCUCAUCGACCUUGCGGCCGCAGUGCUUGCAUCAAUGAUCACCGGUCAGGAACUGUCGCUCUUUGGCGGAAAUAUGUAUAAGGACCAGGUUCAUCAAACCCAUUACCACCAGGAACAGCAGCAGAAAAAGAAGGCCGCAAACCAACCAUCUGACCAUGACGGAACCGAUAUAUUUCACUUUAUUCAGCGAAUCCUGAAGCGAACACAGCUAUCGUGCACCACCCUCAUCCUUGCCCUCAUCUACAUCGACCGGUUCAAGGCUAGGCUGGCGAGGACUCUUAAGCGCAGGACCCGACUUGAUCAAGGACCUGAUUAUGAGCACGCGCGCAAGCUUGACAUUUCGCCUCUCGCUGAAGACCUUGUUCGAAACGAUAGCGACACAUUACCUGUCAGUCCCUCAUCUUCUUGCCUCUCUUCAAACACAACGUCUCCAUCCUCCGGUCUCUCGUCAUCAACACUACGGAGUAGUAACUAUGGCAGCGACUGCAACAGCAGCAGUAAUGGCAGCAGCACCUUAAAGCACGGACAGAAGCCCUGGUCAAGCAUCUCGCUCUUUCUUGUUGCUGUUAUUUGUGCAGACAAGUAUCUGUUCGAUGCAACUUUUUCCAAUGCCGAAUGGGCCGACUUUACAAGAGGCCAAUAUACCACUGUAGAAUUGAACGAUCUGGAACGGCGCUUCCUCUGUCACCUGCAAUACAAACUGUAUGUCGGCGAGCCCGAAUUCGAUGGUUUCCUCUCAUACCUCGAGGUGGUGCUGGCACUCAAACAAGUGUGGGGCCGCGGACUCAUCACGUUCUCAUACAGCGAUGUCAGAAUCUUGACGCAGCAGCUCAUGCCUGCAUAUGCCGGUCGACUGCAUUUUAAGGCGCUCCAGGGCGACAUGCUGGCGAUUAUCUGGCAGGUGAUGGCGACCUUUUCGCGGGUGUAUCUGGCCAUUGUCGGAACCUUCAUCGUAGCUGCUGCUGGCUACACGGCUAUAACAGAGCUUUCGCAAUUGGCAAUGGAGAGCAAGGCAUCCACUGCUGCCACGAGCAAUUCUUUUGCUCCGCUGCUCCCACCGCUUUCUGUCCCUGUCAUGAGUGUAGAGACUUUCAGCUGCUUGGACGACCAUCAAGCGAUACAUGCAGCGGCAUGUAUAGAGAGGAAGGACGAUCCUAGCAGACGGCAUCAUGAAAAGGAAGCGUACCCUUUGGAUGUGGAUUGGGCUCUUGCUCAUUCUGUAGUUGUCCAAUAUGCUGUCUAAUCAUGCUGUGAAGUAGUUGGAACAUGUAUUUCGAACGUAGACUGCAAGAAAUAAAUAAACGCGCUACAGAAGCAGUGACUUAAAUGUCUAUAGACCACACA